GUAGAAAUGUAAAGAAAGAACCGGAAAAACGCAAACUUUACGGUAUAUUCUGGCAUAUCGUCGAAUCUGUGACGUCAUACAAGUGUUAUGUCAGGCGGGCACGCAAACUUGUCUAGACGAUCCACUCGAUCCAGGAUUUUCUCGAUUCUCUCGGCAAAAUGGCAGCUGAUGGAAAACGAACUACUUCCAAGAAGCUGAUCAAUGAUCCUUUAGAUGUGGUAGACGAGGCUUUAGAAGGAAUCGUUCUAGCCAAUCCUGGGCUAAAGUUACUAAAGAAUCAUCGGGUUAUUAUUCGAGAGGAUGUAAACGAACUCCGAAAGGCAGGGAAGGUUACCCUCAUUUCUGGAGGUGGAAGCGGUCACGAGCCAUCUCAUGCGGGAUUUGUUGGAAAAGGAAUGUUGACAGCGGCUGUGGCUGGAGCUGUUUUCACUUCUCCACCAACGAAAUCCAUCCUUGCUGCCAUAAGAGCUGUCGGACACGGUAACAAGGGAGGAACGCUAUUAAUUGUCAAGAAUUACACUGGUGACAGAUUGAAUUUCGGAUUUGCCGCCGAGAGGGCGAAGGCUGAGGGGAUAAAAGUCGAUAUGGUGGUAGUUGGAGAAGACUGCGCUCUCACUAGUAAGGACAAGACAGCAGGAAGGAGGGGGCUUUGUGGAACUGUGUUGAUCCACAAGAUUGCAGGUGCAUUGGCUGAAGAAGGCAAAUCUCUUGAGGAAAUCUCACAAGUGGCUAAAGCCACAGCUCAAGCUAUGGGUACCAUUGGUGUUAGUUUGGCUCCAUGCAGUCUCCCCGGAUCUUUACCAUCUUUUGUGUUGGGCAUUGAUGAGAUGGAGUUGGGACUCGGUAUACACGGAGAACCAGGUGUCAAGAGGGUAAAGCUUGACAAGGUUGACCAAGUUGUCAAGACCAUGAUUGAUCACAUGACAGAUGUUCAGGGUGGUGCAACAUACAAGCUCAGUCUAAAGAAGGAUAUUGGUGCUGAAAAGGAGGACCUCCUUGAGGAACAAAAAAGAGUAGAGGAGCUUUUGGCUAAAAAACAUGAAGUGCACGUUUCCAAAUUGGCGUCAACCAUUGAGGUUGAAGGGGUUGACGAGAAGCCUAAUCAAUUCCAAGAAACAGUCUUGAAAGAGUUUAAAAAGAUUUUCCUAAAAUUGGAGGAGAUAGAGUCAUUGGUGAGAGGAACCUGCGAAACACCUUUGGAAAGCAAUGAGGUUUACACAAGGCAGGAAGCAGGGUCUUCUUCACAGGACAGCCUAAAUAGCAGUUUCACUGGAGAAAGCUCGCAUCAAGUGAAGUGCAAGUUGCCCUCCAACCUAGAAGAGGAAACUGAAAUAGAAAUUAAAUAUAAUGGAACAAAUCUGCUCAUAGAUGUCCAAGCGAAGCAGAAGAAACCAAAACUUUAUGCAACAGCUCUCCUCUCUGUGUUAUUCACAGAUGAGGAGAUGAGAAAUGGCUGUGUGGAGCCCAAGGAUGGUGGGGCAAGGAAGCCCCCACUCGAUCAGUCUAAAAUAAACAUGAUAAAGAGAUGCAUAAAUGUCAAGUAUGGUGCGAAAGUCUUGGAUAAAAUGUGGAGCGACAUUCAAGUAUCCCUGAACCAGAAGUGCCUGGACAAACUAAAGUCCUAUAAGAGCAAACAGUCAGCUGCAGCAAGAAACUUGAAUGAAGAUUAAUUGUAACGGCUAGAUUGCAGAAUACCCAGCCACUCAUUUACAUGUCAUUGAAUUAGAAUAGCCUCUAUUGUGUUAUGCUUCGUUCUUCAAAGUCGGAUGUCCACUCAUUUACAUGUCAUUGAAUUAGAAUAGCCUCUAUGGUGUUGUGCUUCAUUCUUCAAAGCCGGGUGGCCGGAUAUUCUGAAAUUGCUCCAUUGUAACCAUGUGUUUCUUUAAAAGUUCAACAAAGAUUUAUUUCUGUAAAAGUGCUAAUUGUUAAGUUAUUUUGAAGGGAUGUGGGUUAGCCCACCUCACAAUAACCUUACAGUUUGUAAACUGUAUAUAGUUGUUUGCUAAAGCCCGUGAAAAAUGAUUCCAGUGUGCUUUGCUUCACUUCAGCUGUUUUGUUACUUUUGUCAAUACAUGAAUCUUACUACUUAUAAACCAGAACACUUUAUUUCAUAGGUGUUUGCAAAUGACUAUAAUAAGUAAUUAUUAAAGACAUGAAGACAGCCUUUCAAGUAGAAAAUUUGCAACCUAAAUGAAGCAUAACUUUUUAAUUGGUCUACUUAAAAAUAAUUGAUAAGACAUUUUGGUUGGCUGUGUUUUCUCGUGCAUUAAUUUCACAAUAUACUUGAAUUUAAAGUAUGGUUUCCAUUGUGGCAUCUUAUAUAUCAAUUUGUAGAAAAGAUUAUUCUCUAUGCCAGUGUGUUACUUCUUCCUACUAGAGGUGCAAUGCUUAAUACCACAAUUACACAAGUCCAAUGCAUGAUCUAUAAUUUAUAGUUAAUAGUUAUAUGGAUUACUGGUCACUCAUCACUAUUGUCAUUUCAUCGAAAUAUAGAUUAUGUCUACAAUUAAUGUAACAGUUGUAAACAUGAGAUUAAAAUAAAUUUAUAAGACGCAUCUACUUUAUUUUCGUGCAUUGAUAUGAUCUUGUACAGAAUUGUUAUAUAUCCUGUAAUUAUGUUAUAUAUCCUAUAGAAGAUCCUGUAGGAUCCUAUAGGAUCUUGUACUAGAUCCUGUAAUAUCUCAUAAGAUCCUAGUAAAUCUUCAGAAUCUUGUAGGAUCCUACAGGAUCCUAUAGGAUCUUGUACAGGAUCCUGUAAUAUCUCAUAGGAUCAUAUACAGGAUCCUAUUAAAUCUUCAGGAUCUUGUACAGGAUCCUGUACAAGAUCCUAUAUAUAGGAUCCUAUACAAGAUCCUAAAGGAUCCUGUACAAGAUCCUAUAGGAUCCUGUACAAGAUCCCACAGGAUCCUAUAGGAUCUUGUACUAGAUCUUAUAGGAUCCUAGUAAGGAUCCUAUUAAGAUCUUGAACAGGAUCCUGAACAGGAUUUUCACCAGGGUAUCUUUGGUAAGAUUUAAAUUGUACCAUUAUUUAACCUCCCUUUAAAGCAAGAAUUCAGAGAUUGAACUCUCAAGUGAAGAGUGAAGGUAGAUAGGGACAUCUGGUGUCCAUGGAUUUCCUCUUAAUAACAAAUUUUGCAUAUUCUUUCUGGUCUUUCGACAAGUACUUCAAGCUUCUCUGUGCAUUUUGUUCUAUGCUCUAAGAAUAUCCAAUUUUACCCCUUGUCUUAACACAUUUAAAAUCCAAGUCUCCUUCCAUGUCUUUUGGAAUCAUUUAGACAUAACUUGGUUUAAUUAGAAUUUUAUAAAUUAUAAGUUAGACCAAUAUAAUUUCCUCCUGUAUCAUAGACUAAAGCAGCUCUGGAGUAAGACAGGGGUAACAAGAAUCUUGAAAGAAGACCUCUAUCAUAAUAAUGAUUAAGCAUCUUGAUGAUCAUUAUACUGUAUGUGCAUAGGAAUUAGGUCUAUUUACUAAAAUUAACUUUAUUUAUUACAUUAGAAUUUUUACAAUUUUAUUACAACAUUCUCACAACUCU